AGUCCUUGUGUUCAUACACCUUCUGCCGCCAUUGUGUCGAAUCUGGAGGGGAUUUCAACAUUGAAAUCAAACGCAACAAUGAGAGUGGGAUUGAGAAUAUCAAAGUCCUCCUUGAUGGCAACGAUGUCUCCAUGUCUGCUGGUGCCGUUUCAGUUAAUGGCGAAAGCGUGCAGAUACCAUACAACAAUAAGCUGAUCAACAUUAUAAAAUACGGAGAACAUAAUGUUCUGAAGAGCCGCAGGGGAAUCUUGUCUUUGAUGUGGGACAAAAAUAAUAAACUCUCACUCACGCUACACAAGCAGUACCCCACCUGCGGUCUCUGUGGCAACUUCAACAGCACGCCAGGGGAAGAUAUCAAUGAACACAUUGCCAGCAGUAAAAUUCCUGGAGAUUGCCUGGCUGCUGUUAGCAAAAGCUUCGACGUUUGUGAUGAGGGCGUACAGCACUGUGACAGCAUCAUCGGGACCUACUUUGAGAAUUGCGCGAAGGUGGCUGCCCUGGCGGACAACUACAAAGCCGUGUGCGUGGACGCGUACUGCAGCAGCGCAGACGGACUGGCCGCCUGUGGCACCUACUCGGAGCUGUCCCGUCUGUGUGCCGCGGACGGCCCUGGGGUGUUUGAGGGCUGGCGAGAGGAUCCCAGCGUGGUUUGUGAAAAGCCCACUUGUCCAGAAAACCAUAUCUACAAAGAGUGUGGACUCUCUAAUCCUGCGACGUGCUCCAACGUGGCUCCUUUCCAGGAUAGUGAAUGUGUGAGCGGCUGCACCUGCCCAGAAGGUUAUCUACUGGAUGACAUUGGAGACAAAGGCAGUUGUGUCUUGAAAGCUGACUGUCCCUGUGAAUCCAAUGGGAAUGUCUAUCAGUCAGGGCAAGUUCGAGAUGGACCUUGUGGCUCUCAGUGUACAUGCCAAGAUGCAAAGUGGUCUUGCACUGAAGCCUUGUGUCCUGGGAGAUGCAAGGUGGAGGGAAGUCUGUUUACCACCUUCGACAAUAACAAAUACAACCAUCCUGGAAACUGCCACUUCCUGGCCGUUCACGGUAAUGACUGGUCCAUCAGUGUUGAGCUUCGACCGUGUCCCAGUGGGCAGACCGGGACAUGUUUAAACAGUGUCACCCUGGCCUUGAAUUCUUCUGUUUCAGUGGACAAAUACGUGUUCAAUAGGGAUGGAACAGUCAUGAAUGACAAGAUUAGCAAUCAAGAUUAUUACUAUUCAGAGAAAAUACAGAUCUUCAAAGUGUCUUCUAUGUACCGUCAAGUAGAAACUGACUUCCAUGUGAAAAUGCAAAUACAAAUUAUUCCCACGAUGCAGUUAUAUGUUUCCAUGCCACCCAAUCAGUUCACAGACACCGUAGGUCUCUGUGGCUCCUACAACAACAAAGCAGAGGAUGAUUUCAUGUCAAGUGAGAAUAUUCUGGAGAAGACGUCACAGGCCUUUGCGAAUUCUUGGGCCAUGAUGUCCUGUCCAUCAGGAACCCCUGCAUCUUGUGUCAGCAUAGACACAGAAAAAUUUGCUGAGAAGAACUGUGGAAUUCUUCUUGAUCCGAGUGGGCCUUUUGCUGCCUGCCACGCAAUCGUGAACCCUAAGUUCUACCAUGAGGAGUGUAAGAAGUACACCUGCUCCUGCGAGAACACUGCAGACUGCCUGUGCACAGUGCUGGGCAACUACGUGAAAGCAUGUGCAGAGAAGGAGACGUACCUGGUGGGCUGGAGGACAGGGCGCUGUGAACUCUCUUGUGCAAGUGGCCUAGUUUUCAAGUACAAUGUAAAAGCUUGCAACAGUUCUUGCCGAUCAUUGUCAGAGAGAGACAGGAGCUGUGAUGUAGAAGAUGUUCCAGUUGAUGGAUGUGCCUGUCCUGAUGGAACGUACCGGAACAGUGAAGGCAACUGUGUGCAGAGAUCGCAGUGUGAUUGCUACAUGGAUGAUGAGGUCAUACAACCAGGCAGGCUCAUCCACAUUGAAGACAACACAUGUGUCUGUCAGGAUGGGAUUCUUCUCUGUCAGACCCCCAUUGAUUCAACCCUCCAGAACUGCACAGGAGGGGCCGAGUACAUCGACUGCAGUGAUCCCCAAGCACGGACCAGAGUCGACAGGACAUGCAGCACUCGGAACAUACCCAUGUUUUAUGGAGACUUGCCUUGUAAGCGUGGGUGCUACUGUCCAGAAGGAAUGGUUCGUAAUUCUAAGGGGCAGUGUGUCCUCCCUGAUGACUGCCCUUGCUCCUUUGGUGGGCGAGAAUAUGACCAAGGAAGUGUCACCUCUGUCGGCUGCAAUGAAUGUACGUGCACAAAAGGGUCAUGGAACUGUACACAGAAUGAGUGUCAGACCACCUGCCACAUCUACGGGGAAGGCCACGUCAGGACCUUUGAUGGGCUGAGUUACACCUUCGAUGGCCUGUGCCAGUAUUCAUUCAUCGAGGAUUACUGUGGUGGUGAGAAUGGCACCUUCCGGAUCCUGACGGAGAGUGUCCCGUGCUGUGAGGAUGGCCUCACCUGUUCAAGGAAAGUCAUCGUGGCACUGCAGGAUCAGAAUAUUGUCUUGCAAGACGGUAAAGUCACGGCCCUGAAAACGACAGAGAGCCAGAACUGUGAGCUGAGCUCACAGACAUACUCUGUCCACACCGUCGGCCUGUACCUGGUUCUGAAGUUUGAAAAUGGAAUCGUCGUCAUUUGGGACAAGAACACAAGAGUGUCUGUGAUACUGGACCCUCACUGGAAUGGAAAAGUGUGCGGCCUUUGCGGGAACAACAAUGGUGACUCAAAGGACGACUUCACCACCAGGCACUCCUCCAUGGCUGCUGGCGCACUUGAGUUUGGAAACAGCUGGAAGACCAGUCAGGAGUGCUCCGACACGGUGGCCCAGAGCUUCCCCUGCGACUCCAACCCCUAUUGCAAGGCCUGGGCAGUGCGCAAGUGCGAGAUACUCAGGGACAGCACGUUCCGAGACUGCCACAGCAAGGUGGACCCCAGCACCUACUACGAUGCGUGUGUGGAGGAGGCCUGUGCCUGUGAUAUGGAGGGCAAGUACCAGGGCUUCUGCACCGCUGUGGCCAUGUAUGCCGAGGCCUGCAGCGCAGUGGGCGCCUGUGUCUCCUGGAGGAAGCCCGACCUCUGUCCCGUCUACUGUGACUAUUACAAUGGGCCCGGGGAGUGCAGCUGGCAUUACGAGCCUUGUGGCACAGUGACAGCCAAGACGUGCAAAGAUCAGGUCAUCGGCCAGAAGUUCUCUGCACUCUUAGAAGGAUGCUAUGCUAAGUGCCCAGAAAGUGCUCCAUAUCUGGAUGAAAACACCAUGAAGUGUGUCGCUUUGUCUGAGUGCAGCUGCUUCUAUAAUGAUGUCAUACCAGCAGGCGGAGUGGUGCAGGAUGACUGUGGAAGAACAUGCUACUGUAUUGCCGGCGAGCUGGAGUGCACUGAAACUACUACCAUCAACUCAACAUUUACAGUUUCUGCUACACCAACUACCUCGAAGUUAAGCAUGGAAACAGAAACAACAUCGAAUCCCUUCUCAGAACUUUCUACAACAGGUGUUCCUGGGACUUCAGCUUCCUUCCCAACGGCUGGGAGUACCCACAGCACAGGGGGACUGAGCCCUGCAGCUUCCAGCCCUGGGGUCACUUCAGGAGCAGGAAGCCCCACUGCACCCACCCCGAGCAGUGAGGAUGGCAGCACAUCUGGGAGCCCAGAAGCAUUGUUUGCUGACACCACUGCUGCUGUGUUUGCCAGGUACCACGGGGAUGUCUGUGGGUGCCAGCACGGGAGCAAGCAGGGGAAGCUCACCCAGAACAGCAGAGACUGGGAUCAGCAGCACCACAGACCCAGCAGUUGCUUUGGUCAUGCUGUACUUGAAGAUGUCAUGGCGGAUGGCAUGCUUUUCACAAACACAUUGUAUCCGGCACACCAGGGACAUCGGCUGCGGCAGCGACUGGCAGAGCCACCAGCGGGACCACAGCCGCUGGUACAACAGGAGCAAGCAGCGGGUCCACCAGCACAGGAGCAAGCAGAGGGUCCACCAGCGCUGCAGACCCUGCAGGAACAUCAGCAGGAGCAGGUGUGCACACCACAGCAGCAGCAGUGGAGAACAUGUCUGGAGGGACAGGUUCCAGUGGAGCACCUGCUACAACUUCCACAGGAGCUGGAGAUGAACGCCCAGCUUUCACAACAGCUACGACCACACCUCUCCCUGGCACAACGCAUGCCCCAGGAAUCUCCACCACAGAUGCCACAACUUCCACAGAUGGAAACAGAACAGCUGGAAUGCCAACAGGGCACCAAGAAGCCCAUCAGAAACCUACAAGUCUGUCUCGAAGACAACAGCUGCUCCUGGAACUACUACCACAGGCACCUCCCAGGAUGCAUCGGCAACACCCACCAGCACAGUGACAGCCACCACAGGGGACCCAGGUAUGAGCAGGAAGGCACACCCAGGAAGUGCCUACUCACCAACAAGGCUCGCGGCACCUCUGUGACAUCCAACACAAUCGCUGGAAUCACAGGCAGUUCUAUACCAGGUAAUGAAAACAGUGGCUGCAAUGUAGUUGCCAUGUUUAACAGCCUUCCUGCCAGUGUUUCAAGAAACCCCAACCCACCUUACCUCUGUACCUCCAAGGAAGCACUGGAAACAACCACUGCCCCAGGAAUUACACCCGCAGGUACUUCCAGGGAAACAUCUGAAACAAGCACUGCUCCUGGAAUUGCUACCACAGUUACCACCAAGCAACCUUCGGAGUCGACUACAGCUGCUGGACUCACGAGCGCAGGAUGCCCACCGUCACCCCCUCCAAGGCCAGUUUGUCAUGGUCCACUGGGAGAAAAGAAAUCUCCUGGAGACACAUGGGUGUCCAGCUGCCACACCUGUACCUGUACGGAAGACAACGUCGUGACCUGCCAGCCCCAGGAAUGCCCUUCCCCACCCACGUGCCCAAGUGGAGAGAGGCUUGUUCAGUUCCAGUCCAAUGACACUUGCUGUACUAUAGGAUACUGUGAACCAAGAACAUGUUUAUUUAAUGAUACCAACUAUGAGAUUGGAGACUCAUUUGUUGACCCCAGCAACCCCUGUAUUUCCUACACCUGCAGCCUCACUGGAGUGGUUCCAGUUGUCCAGGACUGCCCAAGGCAGACGUGGUGUGCAGAGGAAGACAGAAUCUAUGACUCAAACAACUGUUGCUAUAAAUGUAAAAACAGCUGCAAGUCUUCCCCCGUGAAUGUGACCGUUCGCUACAAUGGCUGCAAGAAUAAAGUUGAGAUGGCACGAUGUGUGGGCACGUGCAAGCAGACUGUCAGGUACAAUUAUGAUGUCUUCCAGUUGGAAAGUUCCUGUCUUUGCUGCAAGGAGAACAGCUACGAGUUCCGAGAAAUCGCUCUCACGUGUCCUGACGGCAGCACCACCCCUUACACAUACAGGCACGUCACCACCUGCUCUUGCUUAGACAUCUGCCAGCAAGCCGGCACCCCAACGCCCAGUUAGUGCCACCCCUGCCUUUCCCAGGGGUCAGAGGCCAGGAAUUUACCUAGUGCCCCAGGGUAGUUGUCCUUAGAUAGUUAACAUAACUAAGCAAUUGAAGUCUGCACAAAAUGAGAGUUCUCAUGAUGUGACAGAAUCUGAAAAAAUAAAGAACUUUG